UUGCAUGCGGCAAAUAAUAGUGACAUUAUUUCACAUCAACUAAGCUAGCUACUGAUUUUGUCCAUUAUAUAUAUUCAAUUCUUAGCAUCAAUCAGAAGGGUCUUUCAUUCUUAGACUAAACAAAUUUUGAGGCUAAAAAUUCUUUCAAGUUAGCAUAGAAAUCUAUAUAGGUAGAAAAUUCCAUUUUUAUCAAUUGGAUUUAGUGAGAGAUUAAUGGAUAUAUACGAGCCAUUCCAGCAAGUUAGCAUGUGGGGUGACAGCUUUAAAGUUGAAGGUGGUCUUAAUUCAAUUGCUUCUCCAAUGUUACUUGUGAACAGUAACACUACUAGCAUGGAGAACAAGUCUGAAUAUAUUCCACAUGAACCAAGGGAGCAUUCAGAAGCUGAACAAGAGAUUACAAAUAAUAAGGUACUUAGACGCCUCGCUCAGAAUCGAGAGGCUGCUAAGAAAAGCCGGGAACGCAAAAAGGCUUAUGUUAAACAAUUAGAAUCAAGCAGAUUAAAGCUCAUGCAAUUGGAGCUGGAGAUUGGGAGAGCAAGAAAGCAGUUGCAGGGUAUUUCCACAGGAAGUGCAUUAGACACCAGUUUUAUGGGAUCAUCUGAAACAAUAAACCCAGGGAUUGUCGCGUUUGAAAUUGAAUACGGAAAUUGGGUUGACGAGAACCAUAGGCGGAAUGAAGAGCUCAGAAAUGCAUUUCAAACUAAUGCGUCCGAAGUGCAGCUCCGUCUAGUUGUUCAGAGUGUCUUGAAUCAUUACUCGGAUCUUUUCAGAAUGAAAACGGAUGCUGCAAAGGCUGAUCCCCUCUAUUUAAUCUCCGGUGUGUGGAAACCAUCCGUAGAGCGACUUUUCCUAUGGAUCGGAGGAUCUCGGCCAUCACAGCUUCUAAAUCUCAUUGUGCCACAACUUGAGCCUUUGUCUGAUGAACAGAUGUUUAGCAUCAAAAAACUUCACCUGUCGUCUCAGCAAGCCGAAGAUGCUCUUUCACAAGGACUAAAUAAACUCCAGGAGAGUCUGGUCCAAGACAUGGCAUUUGUUCCAUUAAAUGCAGCAAAUCAUGGAAUUCAGAUGGCUAUUGCUAUAGACAAAUUUGAGGGACUAGAAGGUUUUGUAAUCCAGGCAGAUCAUCUCAGGCAGCAAACUCUGAUACACAUGUCCCGCAUCCUGUCUACGCACCAAGCUGCUAGGGGCUUGAUUGCUCUAGGGGAAUACUUUCAUCGCCUUCGUACUAUUUGUUCUCUCUGGACUUCUCGUCCAUUCGAUUCCAUGAGGUCACCUAGGAUUACUCCUUAGAGGAAGAGCCGGAUACCUGCUUACGAUACUUCUUCAGUUUCAACUUUACAGAACAGAUGUUCAAAUUUUGGUUGAAUCUAUAUGUUAUGUGUAUAAACGAAACUUAAUGUUGUGUAGCAGCAAGAGGCAAUAUUAUAUGAUUUGAUGCUAUUAAGUUUAGAGUAUGCUUGUACAUACUAUGUAUUGAGUUGUGAUUUGAUGCUGUUUAGUUUAGAGUAUGCUUGUACAUACUAUAUAUUGAAUUAAAAGGAGUUCAUCUUCGUUUUAGCA